CCAUGAAACGUAACUCGGUUGACUCGAUGGGAAGCAUCUACGGUUUUAUUAUGACAACAUGCGUUCCUAACCUAGAUUUAACCUUAAAACGCGAGUUGUUUAUUUAUGAACGUUUGAAAUUAUGUCUGUGUACCAUGAUGAAGUAGAAAUUGAAGACUUCGAGUACGACGAAGACGAGGAGAUAUAUUAUUAUCCAUGUCCCUGCGGCGAUCAAUUUCAAAUAUCCAAAGCAGAAUUGGUCGCUGGAGAGGAGGAGGCCACAUGUCCUUCGUGCUCCUUGGUAAUCAAAGUAAUUUACGACAAGGAAGCGUUCGCAGCUAAGCAGGAAGAGUUUGUUAAAAACGAAGAGAAAGAAUUCGUAGCGCAGAAGGCUUAGUACGUAACCUAAUUAAUCUUUUGCGACAGCAUCUCAUAUUUGUUUCAAUCACCUUUCAGAGCGAAUGAAUGAAUAACGAUCUAUUAUCGAAAAGGUAGAGAGUACAAUUACUAUGGCAUCACGUGGUAGAGGAAGAGGUAAA